AUGUCGUUGUAGAUAUUUCAGUCGUUUUAUCCCAAUUGGUUGUUUUUUUUUCAUAACUUUUUUUUUAAUAAUUCACAUCAGUUUAUUUUUUGGAAGCAAAAGAACUAGAAAGUUAUGAUAUUAGUAUUGAGAUCUAGAGACCUUGGAUUCUUGGGGGUUAUAAAUAUUUAAAUUGAUUUAUAACAAAUCUUUGUAUCCUAAACGAAAAUAUAUUUAGAGUAGGAAUAGUGUGGUAGGCUAUGGAAUCACCUUUAUAUUUGUUAUGGCUUUGACUGUUUAUUCAUUUAAGACUAAAAAUUGUUUAUCAUAUGGAGGUAUUUAUUCUGA